CCGGAAUCUUGGGACCUGCAGCACAACUUUCCCAGGUACAAAAGAUCAACAUCCUCUGACCAUGAAACAAUAUCCUCAAAAGUGUAACUGUGUCAUAGUCCAGAAGAAAAUAUUCAUCCAAGAUGCGCCUCGCUAAAUUCUAUGCUGCACUUGCAGCUAUAGCAAAUCUUUUUCAAAUCAACGCAUUGAACAUCCUCAUCACCAAUGACGAUGGAUUUGGGGUCUCCAACAUACGUGAACUUUACAAAGCUGUCAAAGCACUCGGCCACAAUGCUUAUAUAGUAGCCAGCGCGAGUGACAAAAGUGGCACUGGGGGAUCGUUAUCGUUUGCGACCACUGCUAAUUUGACGGCUGAUACACAAUAUGGCAUUGUCAAAGCAGGUGCUCCAUCAGUUGGCGCUGACCCAAACGAUUCUCAUAUCUGGUAUUACAACGGUACACCAAGUGUUUGUGUGAUGGUAGCACUAGACUACAUCCUUUCCACAUUCGCCAACUUCAGUACUCCUGAUUUAGUUCUGUCAGGCCCCAACUAUGGAGACAAUCUCGGAGACUUUGCAUACACGGGAUCUGGAACUAUUGGAGCAACGUAUUUCUCAAUCGGUCGUGGGAUUCCCGCUAUUGCUUUCUCGGCCAAUUACCCCACCACUACCCCGUACUAUGAAGUCAAUACGACGACCAAAGCAGGACUGAAGGACCCAGCUACUAUUGCUGCAGAAUUGGCAGCGAACUUGGUACAGAGCUUAGUUGCGAAAGCCAACGGAAGCAGAAUUUUGCCAUUGGGAUAUGGGUUGAACGUCAAUAUGCCCUACAUUACUUCCUUCGACAAUAGCUCUUGUGUUGAUCCGCCUCUCAUUCAUACGAGACUCACUGGAGACGCAUGGAGCUAUGGAGUUAAAUUUAAUGCUUCCACCGGACUCUUCACUGCUGGAUUGAAAGUUGGAAACGACGCAACUGGCAUCAAUGUCUGCAUCAAUGGAGAUUGUACACUGAUUGGAGAGACCGCUCUCAUCGCUAAGGGAUGCUAUUCCUCCGUCAGCGUCUUUACGGUGGACUAUGACGCACCGAAUUUUGGAAACAAUGUGGUUGACGAGACGAAGCUGUUGGGGGCUUUGGUCCAGAAUUUGAAUUCGACGAGUCUCAUCGGAGGUCUCAAUGCAACGGCGACGGCCGGAAGGAAUGCGAGUGUUACGACGCCCACCGCAACAUCUUCCGUCAUAACAAACGAUGCUAGUGCUGCAAGGUGGACAAGGUACAGUGGAACAGCGGCAAGUCUGUGGCUCGUUAUUGGGGUCUUUCUUCUAUGCUCAUUCUGA